AUGAGGAGACUGGUGGCGGUGGACAACUCGCACUACAUGAUCGACUACGCUAGGCGAGAACACGGCAACCCGAAGAUCGAGCACCGCAUGCUGGACAUUGCGGCCGACGAUGAGGUGUCACAGUUCACCAAAACUGAAGGGCAGUUCAAUCGCGUUUAUUCCUUCCAGACCUUUCAUUGGAUACGCGACAUAUGUGCCGCGCUGAGGAACGUCGAGCGCCUUAUGGCUCCAGGCGGGGAGUGCCUGAUCGUAUUUAAUCCUCAUCCUGGACCGCUACAGCUUUCCAAAGCAAUGAUGAAUUCGGAGCGAUGGAAGAAAUACACCGACGUGCUGAAGAAUGCUGCGCCCGACUUUCCCGACACUCACGACCCAACGUACCUAAGGAACUACCUUAUCAACAUCGUAAAAUCAACCUCUCUCGUGCCACUGUCGUGCGAGCUGGUGCGUGUGGAAGCCACCAGUGAAAGCAUGGAUGACCUCUCGCGUUUAUUUUUGCCUAACAACCCCGUCUACAAGCUCCUGCCCGAAGAAGGCAAAGCCGAGUUGGAGCACUUCACCAAGGAACAGAUGAAGCAGGGGCGUUGCUCAAAUUAUUCAAGCACGGGUACAACUCGGGAGCUCAGAUUUGUCUUUCACGGAUAUAAGCCGUAG